AAAUCUAAUCACUUCACAAUAAUGCUGUUGUUUGUGGUGGUAAUGGUAGGUUUGGUGGAGCAAGGGAAGGGCCAGAAUUGUGGUAGCACUUUCUUUUCGGCGCUUGUUCAGCUAAUACCUUGCAGGGCAGCGGUUGCACCGUUUAGCCCCAUUCCACCAAGUGAGGCAUGCUGUACUGCCAUCAAAUCUCUCGGCCAGCCUUGUUUGUGUGUCCUUAUCAAUGGCCCUCCAAUCACUGGCGUUGAUCGCAACAUGGCAUUGCAGCUCCCAGAGAAGUGCGUUGCUAACUUCGAACCAUGUAAAUCUCUCUCUCUCUCUGGAUUGUGGUAUUGGGAAGUAAAAGUACAGGAAGAACAGAUCAUCCCGGGAAAUACUUGCGAAUAA